CCCAGCCUGCCCUUCUUCCCAUUUCCUAUUUCAAUCGCCGCGGCUGGCUCCUGCUAUCCCCUUCAGCCAUUCACAUUUCCACUCCUCCAAGGAACCCUAAUAUGAAAUCUCUUCUGUCUUACCCACACCCAGCCCUCGGCCCAGCAUGCACUCCGCCGGCACCCUAGGUAGCCCAGCACCAGCACGUCGUCGCCGCACGCGGUCCUUCUCCCUCCCACUCUGAGCCUCCCUCAAUCUCCGACUCUCCCUCUCACGAUCUCGCCCCUCUCGAGUCUCGGACUCUCGGCUCACUCUUAGUCUCACUGUCUCAGGCCUCAAUCUCCCUCUGUCUCGGCUCUUCAGCCUGCAAACAGAGACUUAGUCGGUCCAUCUGCAUUUUUUGUUUUUAUUUUAUAUUUUUUUAAAGAUUUAAUAAAUAAAAUAAGAGUACUUUUUUUUUAAAAAGUAAAAUAUAUAAUUAUUUUUUAAAUAGGUAACCCGUGAUUCGUAACAUUGACCCGUUUAUAAAUCCGCCCGUUGACGACGGCCCGACCCAUUUAAAAUUAAAAUCUGACUAUCUGAGUAUAGUGCGGAAAAACCCUUCACCGAUCUACGGCCGGCGGAGCCCGUUCGUCUCUCUUUUUCUCCUCUUUUCCCAAUUCUCUACGAAAUACGAGCAGCCCAACCCAGAGUGUCGUCCGUUUGCUCUCGCCGCCGAUUAGCAGAGGUCUGGGCAGUAGAAGUCUCUACAGCGGCGUUCUGGGGGGAGCUUGGAAGCCUCUACAGUGACGUUCUUGGGGGAGCUUCCCACUUCUUUCGUCUAGGAACUCUCCAUAUCGCUUGCAUUUAGUAAGAGAGAGAGAAGGAGAGAUGGAUGAAGAAAAGAUUGAGAAAGUAGUGAUGACGUUUCUGAAGAAGAGGGGUUUUAAGCUAACGGAGCUAGCUUUCCAAGAAGAACAGCAAACCAAGAACUCCUCUUCUUCUUCCACUGCUACAUCCCAGACUGAUCCCGAUAUCGCCAAGCAGAUCCUUGCAUAUUCUGAAUCAGAGAGUGGGCCUGCACGAUAUCAUGAUGGAUAUAGCAAGCUAAGAUCAUGGACUUACAGUUCACUGGAUUUGUACAAGCAUGAGUUGCUUCGUGUGCUUUAUCCAGCAUUUAUCCAUUGUUUCAUGGAUCUUGUUGCAAAAGGUCACAUUCAAGAAGCUCGAACCUUUUUCAAUAGCUUCCGUGAAGACCAUGAAAUGCACUCAAGAGACCUACAAAAAUUGGAAGGAGUGCUUUCUCCUUCACAUCUGGAGGAGAUGGAAUUUGCUCAUUCUCUGAGGCAGAGCAAAGUCAACAUAAAAAUAUGUCAGUACUCUUACGAGCUGCUGCUGCAAUAUUUACACAAGUCACAAUCCAUCACGAUACUUGGGAUUAUCAAUGAGCAUAUUAAUUUUCAAGUUUCUUCAGGACAGCCGAGCUCAAUUUCUGAUGAUGCUGAGGUUGUAACACUCUUUGGCGGUAGCCAAGAGGCAGCCAAUCAGAUAAAUCAGAAAGAGAUACAUUGGGGGUUGCUUGAAGAUUCUUUAGAAGAACGCUUGGAGAAGGUCGGGGGUUUGCUUUCAGAUGUUGAAAAGGCAGAAGGGGAAAUCAAGGAUGGAGAGUUGGAAGAGAAUAAGAAACGAUCAGCUGAAGGAAAAAAGGAAGGUGCUUCUGUCAAAAAGCUGAAAAAGGACAAGGUUGUUGGUGCAAGUGGGAAGAGUGUGCGGCCUGAUGCUAACAGCGUUUCCAUGGCACCUCGAGUCAGACCAGAGCUUACGCUGCCCAUAAUGUCAACAGAUGUUGAACAGUCUAUUCUGGAAGACCUAAGAAACCGGGUACAAUUGAGUAGUGCAGCACUGCCAUCAGUCAGUUUUUAUACCUUCAUCAACACACAUAAUAGUUUAAAUUGUGCAUCAAUAUCCCAUGAUGGAUCUUUGGUUGCUGGUGGAUUCUCAGAUUCAUCACUGAAGGUUUGGAACAUGGCAAAGCUUGGACAAGAAUCUGGCAAUUCUAUUCUGCAGGGUGAAAAUGAUCCCAGUCACACUGGACAAAAUGGUGGGAAAAGAUCUUAUGCAUUAUUUCAAGGUCAUUCAGGGCCUGUUUAUUCUGCAACUUUUAGUCCCAUGGGGGAUUUUAUCCUUUCCUCUUCUUCAGACUCAACAAUUCGGUUGUGGAGCACAAAACUGAAUGCGAAUCUUGUUUGUUACAAGGGGCAUAAUUACCCUGUAUGGGAUGUUCAGUUUAGCCCUUUCGGACAUUAUUUUGCCAGUGCUUCCCAUGAUAGAACAGCAAGGAUUUGGUCUAUGGACAGAAUACAACCUUUACGAAUAGUAGCUGGCCACUUGUCUGAUGUCGAUUGUGUGCAAUGGCAUGCAAACUGCAACUACAUUGCAACUGGAUCAAGUGACAAAACAGUUAGAUUGUGGGAUGUACAGAGCGGAGAGUGUGUCCGUAUUUUCAUUGGUCAUCGCAGUAUGAUCUUAUCUUUGGCAAUGUCACCUGAUGGUCGUUAUAUGGCAUCUGGUGAUGAGGAUGGCACUAUCAUGAUGUGGGAUCUCUCUAGUGGUCGUUGUGUUACACCUUUGGUCGGUCAUAGCUCCUGUGUAUGGACAGUUGCUUUUAGCUGUGAAGGUUCACUUUUAGCAUCUGGGUCUGCUGAUUGCACUGUAAAAUUAUGGGAUGUAACCACAAGCACAAAGGUUCCUAGAACAGAGGAAAACAAAAGCGCAAAUACCAACAGGCUCAGAUCAUUGAAGGCUCUGCCAACGAAGUCCAGCCCGGUAUACAGCCUAAGGUUCUCUCGACGGAAUCUUCUAUUUGCAGCUGGGGUUCUCUCAAAAGGUGUAUAGAUUUGCAGUCGAUCAAGAAAGCACGAUUUUUGACAGAAGGUGGUUGGCUUAAAUUGCUGGGUGCAGAAUCUUGGCUUGCCAACCUCUCCUGUAAAAAUCAACUUUAUUAACUUUGAAUUUAUAGCGUGUAAUCUUUGGCAUCUUUUAUGUUUUCCCUUUUCCUUCCCCUGAUUUUUCCUUAAUGUGGUACUGCAUGUAAAACUGCUGCAGACUCUGGAUAGCAGACCUUUGGUCGGCGCACAAUGUGUUCCUAUUUAUUCAUUCACUGUAACAGUAGUAGCCUGCCGUCAUUUAUCUACAGAGGAUUUUUUUUUUCCUCUGAACUCCUGAAAAA